AAAUAACACGUAUCUAUAAUCUAUGCACGUUAUGAUAUCAGUAUAUCAGUAGUAUAGUGUGAUACAUUUGCAGUAUUCGGUUACAUUAUUACAAAGACUGUUGAAAAUGUUGAUGGAUACCAGCAUUGUUGGCGACUAAGCGAAAGAGGGAAGUUAAAUACUUGAACACAUGCGUUUGAAGACAAUGAUUUACCACAUAACAAUUACUUAAGAUGAUGGCGUACCAAAGAACGAACAACUUUUUCAUAGCUGAAUUGUUGAUGGCUUAAAAACAGAUUUGUUAUAAUAAAUGAAAUUUAAAUUUGAUUAUGAAACACUGGACAGAGAUAUAUACGAGCAACAUGGAUAAAUUGGUGUAUAUGGUAGCAAACCUUCUGUCGUUUGUAUGUGUUGAAACUUGCCCACCGGGGUAUGGAUAUAAUAACGAUGAUCCAACUUGCCAAAAAUGCCUUUCAACUGGAUGCAUGUGUACAAAUAUUGCCAGUUGUAAAGGAUGCUUGGACGGAUACUUUAUGAAGGGAUACCUGUGCUCCCCAUGCCCGGCUAGAUGUCUGACGUGCACCAACACAUCAUGUACAAGCUGCAAACAUGGUUAUACCGGAGCAAAUUGUGACACAUAUAUAUAUGCAAACGGGAACUGUUUAUGUGAAUCACCCUGGGAAUGUGAUUCGUGUGUAGAUGGAUACUACGAUGUAUUCAGUAAUUGUACAUACCAAUGCAAUCAUAACUGCUCUUCAUGUUUAGAAAAUGCCACAUGCGAAUCCUGCAAGCCGGGCAUGUAUGGGGCAGACUGUAGAAAUGUAUGCUCUAAAGGGUGUAACGAUUCCACCUGUAAUAAAACAGACGGGUCAUGCUCGUGCAAAAUGACCUUUACUGGUAUUACAUGCGAUCAGUGUAAUUCUGGAUGGUAUGGUUCUUCAUGCGAUCUUCAAUGUUCAGUCGGAUGUAAUAGAACUAAAGACUGUAAUCAAACAGAUGGCAGUUGUAUGUGUUCGGAAUAUUUUAUUGGCGAAAUUUGUGAUCAGUGCAAGGAUGGAAGAUAUGGAAUCUCUUGUGAACAUGUUUGUUCAAGUGGAUGUAAUACUACAUGUAAUCAGUCAGACGGCACGUGUUCAUGUUUGAAGAAUUUUACUGGAGAUCUGUGUAAUGAGUGCUUGACAGGAAUGUAUGGCGAGUCAUGUGAAUUGAAUUGUUCCCGUGGGUGCAACGGUAAAUGUAAUAGAACAGAUGGGAAUUGUACCUGUUUGAAACAAUUUACAGGUGCUUUGUGCGACGAAUGUAAACCAGGAUGGUAUGGCAAUUAUUGUAAAGACGCUUGUUUAAUUGGAUGUAGCGAUAUUUGUCAUCAGACCGAUGGGACAUGUAAAUGUUUGAGUAACUUCACAGGAGCUAAAUGCGACAGCUGUUUGACAGGGAUAUAUGGAUUAAAUUGUACCAACGAUUGUUCUGAUGGAUGUGUCGAUCAUGUUUGUAACAGAACAGAUGGGUCAUGUACAUGUGAGGCAAAUUUUGAGGGCGACAAUUGCGAAAGGUGUGUAACAGGGAAGUACGGAUACUCCUGUGAAACAUCAUGUUCAAACGGAUGUGUUAAUCAUAUAUGUAAUCGGACGGAUGGGAGAUGUACAUGUUUGGAAGGGUUUACUGGAUCGACAUGCGAUGAAUGUAUUGCAGAGCGGUAUGGCUCAGAUUGCAGUCAGUCGUGUUCACAAGGAUGUGCUGACGGAACUUGCAAUGGAACUGAUGGGUCGUGCAGAUGUUCGGAACAUUUUACCGGUCAUAAAUGCGAUAAAUGUAACCUUGGGAAAUAUGGCUCGUCUUGUGAGUUUUUUUGUUCACAAGGAUGCGUUUCAAAUGAAUGCAAUAGAAAUGGUAAUUGUUUAUGUUCUGGAAAUUUCACUGGAGAUAGAUGCGAUCGUUGCAUACUGGGGAAAUAUGGAGAACAUUGUAACUUUGAGUGCCCAUCGGGAUGUCUGAACCAUCUUUGUAAUCAUAACGGAGAGUGUAGUGAUGGGUGUUUGCAACACUUUUUCGGGAAUGUGUGUAAUCAGACAUGUCAUGUUAAUUGUAAAAACGGGACAAGCAACAGCACACGCUGUGAACGUGCAACAGGAAGCUGUCGGUUUGGUUGCUAUUAUGGGUUUUCUGGAAAUACCUGUGAGACAAUAAUCGAAACAACAUUAUCUGAGGAACUUCAUCUUGCUGCAAUAGCAGGCGGUGCUGGUGGAGGUCUUAUUGCCAUUUGUGUGAUAGGUCUUCUCGUCUUCUGCCGAUUAAGGAAGAAAAUCCCUCCGCCGCCAACUGAACACGAUAACCUGCGAGAGAUGAAUGGAUUGAGCGAUGUGCCUGCGUAUGCAACCGUUCAGCGAAAUAAUUGCGGCGAGAGGAAUACGUUGCACGCUGAUGUACCUGACACCACCCACACAGCUUCUAAUGGUACAAUAGUCAAUCAACAGUCAUGUCGUAGCAGUGGUGACGUAAUCUCACGAAGACCGUCCUCAUUGCUCACCGACGAAGACGGUCUUGUAAUCGACGAACAUGAGGCCGCGGCUAGGCUCCAAGCUAUCAAGUUUGAAGAACGAGGAGGCGUGUACUAUAAUUGUGCUAGUAAACUACAGAAGAGUAAAAUCAGGAUCAGCGAGCUCUUGGAGUUCGUUGACUCAAAGGACCAGACCUACUUCGAUGAAGAAUUUGAGAAACUACCCAAAGGAAUGACGAAGAAGUAUGACGUUUCACAAAUGAGCUUGAAUAUGCCAAUGAACCGAUACAACGGGGUUUAUCCAUACGAUGAUUCUCGGGUAAUAGUCCACGGUGGAGUGACAGACUACAUUAACGCCAGUUACAUAGAUGGCUAUAAACAGAGAAACGCUUACAUUGCUACCUUAGGCCCAACUUCAAAACAGCUGGGAGAUUUUUCACCAUUCUGGAGAAUGAUAUGGCAACAGAAAGUCGAUAAGAUUGUCAUGGUUACUAACUUUGUGGAAGAAGGGAAAGACAAGUGUGAUCAGUAUUUUCCCGACGUUGGGCUGACGCAAUCUUACGGAGAAAUAUUUGUAAAAUGUACAAGCAAAGAGGAAUACGCAGAAUUCGUCAGAAGGAUAUUUUCUGUUUUUGUGGACAAUGAGCACAGAACCUUGUACCACCUUCACUUUACUGCCUGGCCAGAUAAAGACAUCCCAGAAGAUGUGACCUCUAUCGUAGAAUUCCGGACAAAAGUUUUGAACGCGCCAGCGGUAAUGGGAGGACCCACUGUGGUGCACUGCAGCGCCGGUAUUGGUCGCUCAGGCACGUACAUUGCGCUCGAUAUUCUGAUAAGGGAGGGAGAGGCUGAAAACAUGGUGGACAUUCCAGGAUGCGUUGUCAACAUGAGGCAUAAUAGACCUACAUGGUGCAGACGAAGGAGCAGUACGAGUAUCUACAUCACGCUUUGGUCCAUGCUCUGACAUUCGACUGCAAACCUGUUGGUAUUGAUAGAUAUCGACAGUACAUUGAAGACACGUCAAACAAUGCGAUGACAAGAAAGUUUCAGCAUCUGACGUCAACAAUUCCUAAAAUGACAAAUGAAGAACAAGCCGCAAUAGACACUAAUCAGAAGCUUGAGAACAAGAACCGAAGAAACGCAGAUAUCCCUG